GACGUUUGACCCGAGGACUUCACUGGUCAGACGGAGGGGUGUGUCUGGCUGAGGGAAUACUUCACCUCCGUCCCUUGCGUCUCUUUCAUCUUUUUUUGCUCUGCUCGUCCUGCUGUAAAGUCAUGUCGCCCGUCUCCAUGCCUCCACCACAAUGCCUGAAGAAACGAAUGGUUGUUCCUCACCGUUACAUGUUUGGACCAGGACCUUCCAAUGUUCCUCGACGCAUUCUGGAAGCCGGAGCCAAGCCGGUCAUUGGACACAUGCACCCAGAGACAUUUGAGAUCAUGAGCGACAUCAAGAGUGGAAUCCAAUACCUGUUCCAAACACAGAACAGGACAACCUUUGCCGUGAGCGGCACUGGCCACACUGCAAUGGAGUGUGCCAUCUUCAACACGGUGGAGUCUGGGGAAAGUGUGCUGGUAGCGGUCAAUGGUAUCUGGGGAGAGCGGGCAGCCGAUAUGGGGGAGAGGGUUGGUGCAAAAGUAAAAACCAUUGUGGCGCCCCCUGGUGGCUACUUGACCAAUGCAGAGAUUGAGAAGGCUUUAUCAGAACACAGACCGGUUCUGUUCUUCCUCGCGCAUGGAGAGUCUUCCACAGGAGUCUUGCAUCCUUUAGACGGCAUUGGCGACUUGUGCCAUAAGUAUAGCUGCCUUUUCCUUGUUGAUUCUGUGGCGUCGAUAGGAGGCACUCCUCUCUACAUGGACCAGCAAGGGAUCGACAUUUUGUAUACCGGCUCGCAAAAGGUUCUGAAUGCCCCUCCUGGUACAGCACCCAUUUCCUUCAGCGAGAGAGCAUGCCAAAAAGUGUUCAGUCGCACAACAAAACCUGUGUCGUUCUUCUUGGAUUUGAGUUGGCUUUCAAACUACUGGGGAUGUGAUGACAAGCCAGCAAGAAUAUACCACCACACAGUGCCGGUCACCGCCCUUUACUCCCUGAGGGAGAGCCUGGCUGUGCUUGCUGAUGAGGGUCUGGAGAAAUCCUGGGACAGACAUCAGAAGGUGGCAGAGUAUUUCCACGCUGGCCUGGAGAGCAUGGGUCUCAAACUUUUUGUCAAAGAAAAGCACGCAAGACUUCCCACAGUCACCACAAUCGUCGCUCCUCAUGGAUACGACUGGAAAGAGAUCACAACCUACAUCAUGAAAACACACAGCUUAGAGAUUUCUGGAGGAUUGGGGACGUCGGUUGGUUUGGUGUUGCGUGUGGGAUUGAUGGGAUGCAACAGCAGUAAAGCGAAUGCAGACAUGGUGCUGGCAGCACUAAAAGAUGCCCUGAAACACUGCCACCGGAGCAAAGUGUAAGAUGAUGGCAGCAGGUUUUACUGUAACUCAAAAAAUAAAUGUGGAAAAGAAAUAUUGCUCCCUUUUGCGUCUGUACGCUUUGCAAUAAACUGUCAUUUAUGCCAGAAA